AUUUUACAUACCAAGUCAAUAAUAAUUUGACCUAGCCUAGCAAACCAUUUGUGUACACUGAUGUUAACGAUUUAUUCUUGUGAAAGAAUGUAACUCCUCUGUGUAUUUCUGGUAAAUUUGAGGUAGCUAACUUUGUCAGUUACAUUACGGCACAUUACUGGCAUUUAGAAGACGUCCAUGUCCAGAGUGACUUACCUACAACUCGAACACAAGUGCAAAGAGAUGCGCGACCCGAAGUGCUGUAAUUCCUUGAAGGAGAAACGUAUAGAAAAUAAAAUCAAGAAAUACAGAAUAUUUGGGAAGAGCAGAACUUGCACUCACUGUCUCCAUCUUGGGCUUUUCGGGGCAGGACUACACUGAACUGGCAAAAUGGGUUCGGAGUCACCCAGCGCUGUUCAGUCUCCCCCACCCACAGAGGCGGUGGAGCUGAGUGACAGGCAGCACCCAUCCAUUGACAGGUUCGAGAUCUACGUCCCCAAAGCAGCUGAAGUGCACAUUGUCGCUGCUCAGACCCUCCCGCCUGGCAUCUGGAAGAAGAUUGGCCUGCUCUCUACCCAUGGAGCUUCAUGCGUGGACUCUGUGACGGUAACCUGGAUCUCUCCUGUGGUGGUGCGAGAGAAAGGCCCCGGGCCGGCUCCGCCCCUUGGCUCCCACGGAGCUCCGCCCCCCAGCCGCUGUGGCGCCACAGCCCAGACGUUUCUCAGUGUGGCUGUGGAUACUUGUAGCUCCGCCCCCGGGGGGCGGGGCCAGUGCUGGCUGCCUGUCGCCUGCUCGAACCUAACUGCGUUCAAGGUGCUGAGGAAGUUCAUGCCCCACGGACACUGCCCAUCCCCGGACGCCAAGUGGGAGACCCGCCAGCCUGCCUGUCGGCCGCCACUGGGCGGCAACAUCUGCUUUAGCCAAGAUGCCAUCAUAAUCCACAGAGAACACAUCUUCCUCUCCAUCAACAAGGCGAGGCAGGGCAAAAAGAGGGUGGGUCAUAGACAGAGCUUGACGCCAGAGGCCCCUCCCACCCUUACCCAACAGACUGCCCCUGGCAUGCCAGGGGGGCCUCAAAGUGCCCAGCACAGCUGUGGCCGUUCUGCCACACCGCACAAAAAGGUGUCUCCAUGUCAGUUUCAGGCUGCCCGUAGAGCCGCUGGCCCGGGGGCUUUGCGCGUGCGGUUUAGUGUGGAGCGCAGAGCACGCGUCGCUGUGGCCCGCCUCCCAGACGCCACGAUGAAGACGCUGUCGGCGUUCGGGCUCGUCGACCUGGAGAAGCAUCCAGCCGCUGCACAGCUGUACCGUGAAGCUGUGGAGAAGAAGCUGGACUCAUCUAGCAGAAGCUCCUCGGCAGAGAUGUCCAGAGACCGCUGUACUGAAGAUCUCGCUGGGACCAGAUGUUCAGGAGACAGGGAGAAGGGCGUGGUCCAUUAUAGGGGCCAUAUAAUGGAAGAGGAGUGGUCUAAACAACCAGUGUUAAAGAAGGCCAGGCGGGCUUCAGGUGGUGAUGGUAGCACAAGUAGGAUUGAGAGUGUAGACCUUAGUACAGAUGAGGACGAAGGUAGAGAUCUUAAUACAGGAGUGGCCAUGGGUGGAGAUCUUAGUACAGAUGAGGGCGAAGGUGGAGAUCUUAGUACAAAUGAGGUCAAAGGUGGAGAUCUUAGUACAGGAGUGGCCAUGGGUGGAGAUCUUAGUACAGAUGAGGGCGAAGGUGGAGAUCUUAGUACAAAUGAGGUCAAAGGUGGAGAUCUUAGUGCAGGAGUGGCCAUGGGUGGAGAUCUUAGUACAGAUGAGGUCAAAGGUGGAGAUCUUAGUACAGGAGUGGCCAUGGGUGGAGAUCUUAGUACAGAUGAGGGCGAAGGUGGAGAUCUUAGUACAAAUGAGGUCAAAGGUGGAGAUCUUAGUGCAGGAGUGGCCAUGGGUGGAGAUCUUAGUACAGAUGAGGUCAAAGGUGGAGAUCUUAGUACAGGAGUGGCCAUGGGUGGAGAUCUUUGUAUAGAUGAGGGCGAAGGUGGAGAUCUUGGUACAGAUAAGGGCGAAGGUGGAGGUGAUGAUCUUCAUGCAGGUACAGGGAAGGGUGAUGAUCCUCAUGCAGGUACAGGUGAGGGUGAUUAUCUCCAUGCAGGUACAGGGGAGGGUGGUGAUCCAGGGGGGUUUUGUAGUAGUGAAGGGAUGGAGCGAAACGGAGGGGAGGGAGCUGAGCGCGCAGGUGAGGGUCGUUCUGGGGCGGACUCCCAGGGGCUGGACCAGCCGUACCAGCCCGCGGCCGGCCCAGGUUACACUGCAGGGUUCGACUUCGACCAGCUGGCCCGGGACGAAAAAAUCAGCCGCAUCCGCGCGCAGCUGAGCGAGAAGGAGGCGGCCCUACAGCAGCUGGCCCGCCUCCCCCUUUGAGCGAAACCCCACCCCCUCCACGCCCCUGGAGGCUCUACCUGCGUUAAGUUCGGAUUUCAUCAUUUUUUCCUGGUGAGCCACGGGAAGAAGAUUUCUGUCUUCGUUUUCUUCGUUGACUCUCUGUUUCUGGAAGUUUCUGGAAUAUUUUAUUGUUAUUGUUUAGUGGACUCAAAUUAUGACACGUUUUGGAAAAAUAAAAAGAGAGCUGGGUUUUCAAAAUA